AUGGCGUCCCGGCAAUCCUAUCCCGUUCUACCCAAGAACUUACUCAUCAUCUCGCUGAAGAUGUACUUCACCCCAUCCCGCACCCUCGAGUACCUCCGCGCCCUGCUGGCCCCCGAGAAUGAUAUUGUCCGCCCCCAGAACCGAUCUAAACUGCUACUCGCCCUAAUCCCCGACUUCCUGACCAUCUACCCUUGCAAUGAAAUCAUCCGGAACUACGAAUCCUCCACGCUCGACACCACCACCUCCCCCGCAUCCUCCUCGCUCCCCCCCCCCUUCCUGCUCGGCGCCCAGGACUGCUUCUGGGAGCCGCUCGGCGCCUACACCGGCGAAGUUUCCCCGCAAGCGCUGAGCAGCAUGGGCGUCUCCAUCGUCGAGCUGGGCCACGCCGAACGCCGCUCCAUCUUCGGCGAGACGGACCACCAAACCGCCCGCAAGGCUGCCGCGGCCUGUGCGCACGCCAUGGUGCCCCUCGUCUGUAUUGGCGAGAUUACGGCCCCGGGCGCCGUGGCGUCGGAGGCCGUUGGUUUGGCUGUCCGGGAGUGCGAGGUCCAGGUGCGCGCCGUGCUGGCGGCCAUCCCGUCCGACGCCCCCGUCAUCUUCGCCUACGAGCCUGUCUGGGCCAUUGGGCAGCCUGUUCCCGCCGGUGUCGACCACAUCGCCGCCGUGGUGCAGGGCAUCAAGACGGUCGUCGGCAGUCGGGAGGGCGAGGUGCGCAUUCUAUACGGCGGCAGCGCGGGGCCCGGGCUGUGGGGGCCCGGGGGUCUGGGGAAGGCCGUCGACGGUAUGUUCUUGGGUCGGUUUGCGCACGAGGUCGAGGGCGUGCAGAAGGUCGUGCGAGAGGUCGAGGAGACUCUGUGA